AUGUCAUUCCUUACCAAGAUUUUCGUCUUAUUCUGCGUCUUUGCUUUAGCUACUGCUGAUAUCUGGACCAACUGUGGAUCUUCAUCUGACCACUUCCAAAUUGGCUCUGUCACCAUCACUCCAGAUCCCCCAGUCAAGGGUCAAGAUAUCACCGUCACUGCUAACGGUAACCUCAAUGAAGAAAUCACCUCUGGUAACGUAAAGCUCUUGGUCAAGUUUGGUUUCAUCACCAUCCUCAACCAAAACGAAGAUCUCUGCCAAGCCAAGAACCCAAUCCCAUGUCCACUCCAACCAGGUGCUUACAACCACACCAUCACUGCUCAAAUCCCAUCCAAUGCUCCAUCUGGCAAGUACUCUGGUAAUGUUGUUGUUACUGACCAAAACAGCCAAGAAGUCGCCUGCAUUGACCUCGCCUUUAGCUUGUAA